CCUUUUUUUGAGUGGAGAGCGGAAGUGGGAAGAAGCACAGACACAACAUCUAUAAAAACAAAACAAAACGUGCACACGAGAUACAAUUGGAAGUUUCAAUUUUUUAAGGUUCACCGAGAUUAAAGCUUGGUAUCAACUUAAGUGUAACAUUGUUUACAUAUGGUUGCUCGCAUAGAUAAUGUUUUAUAGGCGACAUUUUACACAAAUGAGCAUGUUCUGCAUCUCACAUUAGCUAGCUAAUUGCUAACGUUAGCCAGCCAGCCAGCCAGGGUUGGUAACGUUAUUUAACUUUUAUUUGGUCUGUUAACUUAGCAGCACUGUGUAAGCAACUAUGGAAAGCCUGUACAAGCGUCAAGUGUUCGCGACGAUGCGAAAAAAUAAAGCUGAAGCAAAGAAGAAAAGGGCUCAAAUCGGUCUGCCGUCGUCUAUCCUUGAUGACAGUGACGAGGAGUCAUGCGCGAGCACGACCAGCAUCAGCGCCUCAGACUCAGAGAGUGAGUAUCAGAAUUCAGACAGCGGGAGCGAAAGUACACCUGCCAGUGGAGAACAGAGUGAAGGUAGUAGCUCCAGCGAAGGUAGAUCCCGUCCUCGUCGGAAGCGCGUCCUCGCUGACAGCUCCAGUGACUCUGACAGCGACGUAGGAACCAAACCCAAACGGAAAGUCGUUCCCAAAAAACGCAUUAAACAGCAAAGUCAAGAUUCUGACUCGGAGGACCAGAGUGCUGCACAAAAUGCCAAACAAUUUGCUGAAGCCAAAGAGACCGCAGCUAAACGAAAGCAACGCCAGUCUCAACUCUUGGCAUUAUCCAAGAAGAUGAAGUCCCGCGUCCCGAAACGCAGGAGCACGUUGGAGAUUCAGGAUUCGGGUGAAGAAAAGAAAGGUAAAGAAGCAAAAGAUGCCAGUGGUGAUGAGGAUGAUGACCACAAUGAUGAUGCCCCUGAAGUAUUGGUGGGCAGUAGUGAAGAAGAGGUGGCAGAUGACAGCGACCGUCAGAAGGACUUCAUAGUUGAGGAUAAGAAAAAGACAGGGGACAAGGAGUCGUCAGAUGAAAAGGCUGUUUCUCUUCCACGCCAGUUCAUCACUGGGUCUCAGCUCAAUCACUUUCAAGUGGUCGUCAAAGCCCUUAUGAUCAACGUCCUGGAUGAAACCUUUCUCAAGUCUCUUUAUGGCGGUGAUCGGACAAAGCGAUAUGCUCAGGAGAUGAUGGCGUCGCUGUUCCACUUUGAUGAGCGGAUGAUCCUCCCUCGCCUGGAGAACCUAAAACAGAGGAGCCGCUGGACUGACCGGUACAAGGAGCGGGUGGAGUGUUACCCCAAGGUCCAGCUGAUGAAGUUAGGAUUUAAUGGGAGUGUUUGUGAUGCAUGCAAGCGACAGUGCAGUUUCAGUGUGAAACUCUCGGGGCAACUGUAUGACCUCAACAGCCUUCAAGAGGACCAAUUCAUGCCCAGUGACACACAGGCUUUCAGUGUGUGCUCUGUUUGUGCCAGCCGAACAGAGGUGUAUCAUGCUCUGAAACACUUCAAGUACCACUUGUUUCAACACUGCCGGACAGUGAUGGAGGAGGAGAAGAAUGGCGAGGAGGAGCCGGUGAAGGAAACUGUGAAAAGGGUGUUCACAAAACUGGAGGAGAGUGGCUGGAUCUCAGAGGAAUAUGAGAAGUUCCAGGACCAUCUCAAUGAGGCAGACUACUUCCAGGAGGAGAAGCUAGACUGAAGGUUUACAACAGACAGGAUCAUGGAUCCAUAUCUACAUCAUAUCGGCAUCCAUUUAAGUUUUACUGUUUAUUCUGCACAUUGUUAGGAAAGAAGUGUUUUAUUCCUAUAGACAUUUGACUUUCAUUCAAUGUAAACAUUUAAGAUUGUACUGAAAGCUUUUUAAUAACUAUUUUCCUCCUUUAGUCGUUACCCUAUACAAAGACAUCUAUUGUACCUGUAUUUUAUCAGCCAUUUUAUAUCAGUAAAUGCUCAUAAGCAACCAAAACAUUUAGUGCAGACAUAUGUUAUAUACUGUAUGUGCAAAGAUGAAGCAGAAUACUCUGGUACUGCUGUAAAUCAAAUUAAUGCUACCACUGAGUGUUUUCUUUAAACUGUCCUUACCUUCCCUACUAAGUUGAAGCAGUGUUGUCCUUCUAAUAGUUAAGAUCAUGUCAAAUGGAGUUUGCUUCAACAGAUGAUCUGAAAUGAAUUGACAAUAUAAACAUGAGUAAUGUUCUGUGGACUGCAGUAUAGGAAGGUACGACUCUUGUGAGUUGCUUAUUUUCUAUUAAAAACGCCUGUGUGCUGCUUCAUAACACAAACCAAUAAUAAAAACUACAUUAAACAA